AUGUCCUAUGCAAGAGCGGUCGGGGGGCAAGCUUCAUGGCCUGAUAUUGAUACUCUCUCUAAAACAAUUCAAGCGGGGAGUACAACCAGGGUGAUCAUUGCUCAGAAUGAUUAUGAGAGUGUAAGACAAAACUUUCGUUUUGCACUCAUCGGUCAUGUAAACUUCCGGGUGAACUCAUUGAAUGAUCUGAGUAAGGAGGCGGCUGAAAGAUGGAAUUUAAAGCUAAGGGUCUUGAUGCACACCCUAAGGAAGGGCUACGUUAUUUUUCAGUUUGGUUCAGAUGGAGAUAUGUCGUCAGUCUGGAGGAGAAGUCCGAUUCGAUUUGGAGAAUUAAAUCUAGAGUACCGGCAUGAAAAUAUAUUGCUGUCUAUGGCAAAGGCGGUGAGCCGUUCGGUGGCAUUGAAUAGAAGGAUGCGCCAAGGAUUGAUGGGGCACUAUGCUAGGGUUCUGGUGGAGGUGAAUGUCACUGAAUCAGCUUCUCGUGUAGAAGAGAUUCAGGUGGUGCGUAAAGAACCGGGAAUGAACAAGGAGUUCUGCUUUCGGCAAAGCAUCGUAUAUGAGGAUGCAAUGGUCAAGUGCGGAUUUUGCAAAAAGGUGGGCCACCAAGUGAUGGAUUGUCGCUUAAGGAAGCAGGAGUAG